AUGAGUCAAAUCACCGCCUCUUGCCGGAGUGUACUCCCAUAUCAUCCACCAGAUAAUCCUCUGCGGUCUCAGAAGAGGAUCAGGCCGGAGGAAGCUGAUCGAUUCGUCGAUCUUCCAGAUGAUUUGCUCAUCACCAUCCUAGCUAAGGUGGCAUCUGGAGCAUCCUCCUCUGCAGAUCUAGCAAACGCUACUAUGACGUUCAGUAGAUUCAGGAACCUGGUUUACAACAAGGAUGUUCUGAAGAAUGCAUCUGCCAGCUGCAUAGCCGUAAGGGCAAAGAACUGGUCUCUCGAUGCGCAACACUUCCUACAGUGCUGCGCUGACGCUGGAAAUGACGGAGCCUCAUAUUUUCUUGGCAUGAUACUCUUCUACUGCAAAGGAGAACACGAACGAGGAGCCGAUCUAAUUGCUGAUGCUGCACUUCAGGACAACACCCACGCCAUUUACUCACUUGCCGUCAUCAUGUUCAACGGCAGUGGAGGAACCAGAGAAGACCGCAACAUAUUAGCAGGGGCCGGGCUUUGUUCAUGCGCUGCAAGGCUUGGGCACCUGGAAGCUCUUCGCGAGCUAGGCUUCUGUCUCAUCGAUGGAUUCGGCGUAAGCCGUUCUGUCAUGAACGGUCGUCGGCUCCUGCUUCAAGCAACUGCCUGGGAGCUGUCCUCCUCUGGUGGCACUCUCAGAUGCCAAACAGAAACUCGAGCCCAGGAGUUCAGGUCAUGCUCCCGCUGCGGCGAGGCAUUCUACUGUUCUCGCGCUUGCCAGACAUCACACUGGAAGGCUGUGCACAGAGUGUCUUGCAGGCAUAUGGAACAAGAUGAAGAGCCCGUUGAUCAAGCCAAUGGAGCAGCCGGUGGAGAAGAAGAAGCAGAUGAAGCCGAGCAGGCACUUGAUGUCUGA